AUGUUAUACAACAACAUAACUAGAUAUUUUCUUUUAUUAAUUUAUUCAUUUGAAUUAACAACUGGAGGCUUGCAUCAACGUCGUUUAUUAAAAUAUUUACUUGAAGAACAACAAUAUGAUCCGCUUGAAAGACCUGUUUUCAAUGAUUCAGAUACUUUACUAGUAUCAAUGAGUUUAGCUAUUCAACAAAUAAUUGAUUUUGAUGAAAAGAAUGAAAUUCUUGCUAUUAGUGGUUGGUUAGUUCUUGAAUGGUUUGAUUAUAAUUUACAAUGGAAACCAGAAGAUUAUGGAGGUAUUCAAUCAAUUCGUCUACCAAGUACACGUGUAUGGACACCAGAUGUUGUUCUUUAUAAUAGUGCAAGUGAAAAUUUCGAAGGUACAAUGAAAACAAAUUUAGUUGUACAAUAUAAUGGCACUAUAUUAUCUGUUCCACCUGUUUUAAUUAAUAAAUUAUUUCAUAUUGUUUCUUUUAUAUUAUUUAUAUUUUUUAUUAAAUUUUUUUUGGACAUACAAAAUUGCACAUUAAAAUUUGGUUCAUGGUCUUUUGAUGAAUCUGGUGUUAAUUUGACUACUAAUAGUGAUACAGGUCAAUUAGAUGCAUAUGUUAAAAAUGCUGAAUGGGAUUUAGAAGCUUUUGUUGCAACAAGAAAAGCAUUUGUUUAUGAAUGUUGUCCAACUGUAUAUCCGUUUGUUCUUUUUACUAUUCAAAUACGUCGACGUACACUUUAUUAUGUAGUCAAUGUUGUUGUACCCUGUGUUCUCAUUAGUUUUAUGACUGUACUUGGCUUUCUUCUUCCACCGGAUAGCGGUGAAAAAUUAACAUUACAAAUAACAAUACUUCUUUCAAUAGUCAUGUUCAGUUUAUUAAUCUCAGGCAUUAUACCAGCCAGUUCAACAGCAUUACCAACAAUUGUUAUGUAUUUUGCAACAGUUAUGUGUUUAUGUACAAUGUCAGUAAUUGCUACUGUUCUUGUACUUGUUCUUCAUCAUCGUAAUGCUAAAAGUCAUACAAUGCCGAUGUGGGUUAAAGUAUAUGUCAAUCAAUAUCUUGCAUGGCUUUUAUGUAUGGGUCGUCCAGAACAUGAUUUAAGUUGGAAAGCAAUACGUCUUCAACAUCGUCGUACAAUUGAACGACAAAAUAGUAUAACAAGUAAUCAAAAAUGCGUACCAACACCAUUAUUAGCUAAUUCAUCAAAAUCUUUAUUAGCUAAUGUAACUAGUAGUGAUGAUCAACCUUAUAUUUAUUCAAGUAAUACAUUACCAACUAAUAUAAUGAAUCAUAUUGUUCCACGUCAACAACCUAAAUGUAAAAAUCCUCAUCAUCAACAUGAUCCAAAUGAAAUAUUACUUCCACGUGAUAUGCGUGUAUUUCGUUCUGAAAUGCGUACAAUUAUAUCUGAACUUCGAAUACUUACAGAUCAUGUUAAAAAAGAAGAAGAUGAAGAUGAUAUAUCACAAGAUUGGAAAUUUUCAGCUAUGGUUCUUGAUCGUUUAUGUCUUAUUGUAUUUACUACAUUGACAACAUUAUUAAGUUAUGCUACACUUUUUUCUGCAAAAAAUUUUUUCAAACUUCGAUAA